AUGUUGCUGAGGCGUUACUCCGUUGAAUCCCCGUCGAAUUGCAUUCCUCCCUCAACCCUAAUUCUGCACCGCCUCUUAAGCUCCAACCAAAACCAAGACGUAGAGAAAGUCUUGGGCAUCCUCAGCAGCAUCUCCACGCCGGAACAGCUGAAACAGUCCCUAAAAUCAAUAGUCAACAUUCUUGAUGAAAUGCGUGACCGGGAUUUGUCGCCGGAUGUGAUCACGUAUACCUGUAUCAUUUGUGGCUUGGGGUUGAUUGGGCAGCCUGAUAAGGCUAGGAAUGUUUUGAAGGAGUAUGGGUGUUACCCUGAUGCUGCGGCGUACAACAUCAGGAACUUUUGUAUUGCCAAGAGGCUUGGUGAUGCUCAUGGUUUGGUGGAGGAGAUGGCGAGCAAGGGUUUGAGUCCAAAUGCAACUACUUACAAUUUGUUCUUUAGGGUCUUUUGCUGGUCCAAUGAUUUACAGAGCUCUUGGAACAUGUACCAGAGGAUGAUGAUUGAAGGGUGUCUUCCGAAUACGCAGUUUUGUAUGUUCUUAAUGAGGUUGUUUAAGAGGCAUGAGAAGGUGGAGAUGGCGAUGCAGUUAUGGGGGGACAUGGUGGAGAAGGGUUUUGGGUCGUAUACAUUGGUUUCUGAUGUGCUGUUUGAUUUGCUUUGUGAUAUGGGUAAGUUGGAGGAAGCAGAGAAGUGUUUCUUGGAGAUGGUUGAGAAGGGGCAGAAGCCAAGUCAUGUGUCGUUCAGGAGAAUCAAGGUUCUCAUGGAACUAGCAAAUAGACACGAGGCCCUUCAGAGCUUGACGCAGAAAAUGGCCAUAUUUCGGCGACCAUUGCAAGUACGGUGA